AUGAGAAUAUUCUGGAUCUUUGUCAUUGAAAUAACCACUAUUUUUAAACUUGGUAACGUGGGACCAGUAAAUACGUUCGAAUUGCCUGUUGUAUCAGAAACAUCAAUGAAUGAAAUACGUAGGAUGUUAGACUUUAAUGGCAUAACUGUGACAAUAGUGUAUCCGCGGUAUCACAGAAUUUUCACACGCAAUUUUAUUGUUAAGUAUCGCGUCUUGGCAACGAAAGACAUCCCUCAUUCGAAUACCAAUAUAGAAGUGCCCUCUGAAGGCGAUAAAAAUGGCUCGGAUUCAUUGUAUAUCGCGUUACUGAGAAAUAAAAAUUAUUUGGAGAUAAAUCCCGUACACGUGAAGCACUUGAAACUCAAAUAUUUUGAUAAUAGAUUCCAUCUGGAGGGUUAUGGCACACAUGAAUCACUAAAAUUGGAAGGGUUUUUGAGUAUUCCUUGUCAGGUUAUAAAGGAGCCAGGUAUGUAUCAUAUAGAAGUAUCCAAAUCGCCAAAUCUUGGGCAAACGCGUGAUUUAUUAUGCAACCGAUUCACGGGCCGUUAUUUUCAUCUUCCUCCUUGCAUUAAUGUUACACUUCCUAAAAUCACAUUACACAUCAACCCCCAAUUUUUGAACCCAAUAUCAUCUUAUCCCGACACAGAUUUAAAUGUCAAAAUAAAAAUCCAUGAUAACCUCAAACUAUGCCUUAUUCAUAAUGACGAUCUUAAAACUGAUAACGUUCUAGAAGCCAUUAAAAUUGUUUUAGAAGUAGUCAGAGUAAGAACCGUUCCAUACACUGAAUAUAUCGAUCUCGCUAAAUCAAAAUUUAUCGGUAAAGUUGAAAGGAACCCGAAGUACGGUGUGUUCGAGAUCUUAAAAGGGUACUUCAUUUCCAGGCAUUGGCAUGACCUCCAUGGACUCCUUUACAAAAUACCUUGUCAAACUUUUGAUCGUCCCGGGAUAUAUAGGGUUUUAUUAAGAGGUGUCAGGGUUGGUAAUAAUAAAACUUUAGAUUAUUCGUCUAUCAUUUCAAAAAAUAGAUAUUUCGAGGUCAGUAAUAGUAAUGAAGAUCCUAUCAAUCACUCGCUACUGCUGUAUGAUAAUAAUUACUUAUACGAGUAUUUUGCUAGUUUUAGUCCCGUGGUAAUUGUAAAAUCCCCAAUAUCUAUUGAGUCAUUAUUUUCGUAUGAGACUAAAAACUCGCGAAAUUUAUUUAUGUUCCUACAAUCGGAAGCAUCAUUUUUUCCAUGUCCUGGAGAUAUAUUUGCCAUUUAUUACUCUAUUCCUUCUUGUUACAAGGAAAGGACUGCUUUAGUCAGAGGUUAUUUAAUGAACCAAAGGCUUAAAGGGUCUAUUAAUUUAAUAUAUCAACGUUCGAUUCACAAGAAGAACAUUCAAACUUUGAACCUUAACUGCAGUGACAUAUUAUCUAGGAUAAGGAAUAUAACUCAUAAUUUAGAAAGCCAUCAUAUAUGUUUUUCGUAUCUAGUGACCAGUAUUCAAGGGAUACAUAUUGAGAUGGAUCGAAAAUGCAUACCUAUUUUCCCAUUGACAGAAAAUCGACAUGAUGAGCAGGAUAGAAUAUUUAUCGAUGUUGAACACAUUUCUACACAAUGCAAACCAUCUGACUCAUUUCCAUCUGUUACGUCAUCGAAUUUUGGAGAGAAAUCAGAUAUGAUCAAUGAUAGUAUCUCGAAUACUUCUAUUCGAUUACUAAAUCCAAAUUUAACCUACAACUUUCGCAAUAAAACGUUUAGAAAAUAUUAUCCCUUCAUGAGGCAUUAUUAUAGUAGCAUUUUUAAUGCCGCAAGAUAUACCGUGAGAGAGAAAUUUAAUAUUAGCAGUGUUUACGUAUAUGAAGCGAAAACAUAUGAUAACUGCAUAGCCAUGCCUAAGUUACUCGAAUACGAUCACUUUCCAAAAAAUUUUGACAAGGAACAUAAUUCUCCUCCCAAAAUUGCAAUUAUAACAUCAAAAAAAAUUGUCAUAUGGAUCGAUAUCUUGCUAAUAAUGAUAGAGAUUUGGGUUUGCGUAGUUAUAGUUUUAAAUCUCUUUAAAUUUCGCUCCAAGCUUCUGCUCUUUAAGCAAGAUUUUCCGGUAUCUUACCAUUGCCUCUUAAACUACAAUCUUCGGGAUAACAACUCUAAGAAAAUUAACGAAAAUCAGGAGUUAAGGAUGAAUGCAUUUUAUGACAAUAUGGGAACAUCACAAUCCUACAUUUUUCAAAAAAAAACCCCGGAAGGAAGUUGCAGAGAUUCCAUUCUGAUCAAAUCUCAAUAUUCUGAAUUUUUACUAGGGAAAAUUGACGAGGAAAAGUACGAACAAGAUAAGCCCAUCUUUGAAUCAAGAAAAAUUAAAAAUAUCCCUAUAUUGGAAGAGCUUAAUAGUGAUCCUAACCUUAUUAAUUGUAAUGAUAUCUAUAAUGUUCCCAUUGACAUUCCACCUAUCCUCUCAAUAUCAACUCUUGAUAGAAUCUCUAAUUCUGAAGAAGUUGUUAGAAGUGUUCAAAACGCUGUAUCAACUUCUGAAAUUAAUAGUGUCACCUGUCAAGGAAACGAUUUAGAAUGGGACGAGCAAAGCUAUGAUUUGAACUUUAAUAACGAUUUCCAAGAACCCAUUCUUGGACACGAAAGCAUAAGUAUUCAUUCAAGUUUAUUCGAAGUCAAUUGGACAUCUGAAUUCUUGGAUAACUAAUUUCGGGAAUUACAAUUUAAAGGAAUUUUUUA